UGGUUGCCACGGUUGCCACUGUUGCCACCACACGGUGCCGGUAAUCAUCAUUAUCAGGCUGGCAAAAUGGCCAGCAUCGGAUGCAGAAAUCCAAUCGGUUUCUUGUCCUCUCAGAAUCUCUCUUCCCUCAAAUUUCUAUUGGAAAGUUUGUUUUAAGACUUCAACCAUAAGUCUACUAUAGAAACUUCGAAGGAAGAGAAUUCCCCAAAGAAUAAUUUAACCAUGGCUAAGGAGUUAAAAUUUCAAUCCACAGUGACAGCAGAACAACCUAACUCAGAAAUAAAGAAGCGGAAGAGAUCUGAAGCACAAAUUGAGGAGUGGGAAACCAUUAGGCGGCAGAGUACAACUGUUGAAGACAAAGAUCUCAAUAUAGAGGGAGUAAUGCGUCUUACUUUGUCUGUGGAAAUGCAGAGGUUCUUGGGAUGUGUAUUUGGUGAACAUGUUUCGCCAGAAAUGCCAUGGACUAACAUAAAAAAGGAACAACUACAAGCAUAUCUUACUGCAGAGACUGAAAAAUCAGAGAUAUUUGCAGUUAAAGAACCACUAAUGGAAUUUCCAGGUACAGAAAUUUUAGUUGGCUACAUAUGCUCUGCAAAGGAACCAAAUCAAUUUUACAUUUGUACCACUGAAGCUGCCAAGAAGACUGUUCUCGAGAUGAUCAUUAAGGAUGAAGCUGAACAAGAAAGGCGAGUGUCUAGUUAUAUCUACAAAGUUUGCCAGGAAUGGAAUCCUUUGGGUAGUGGAAAGGAAGUUGAGGAUAAUCAACCCAAACAUGCACGACCAUUGUUGGAAAUGCAAACUUGGGCUGCAGCUAGCCAUUUGAAUCAACCAGUAAUGUUCCAGGAUCGCAAUGUAGAUGAUGUACAGGAUGGAUAUGUAAAAUUUGAUCCUAGGAGACAUAAGUAUGUGACAGUGACGAGAAAGAGAACUGACAUAGCUGUUCAGGCAGUUCCUGAAAAGUGCCUUUCAGUAGCACAGACAGAUACACCACUACCGUCAAAUAUAUGGACCCAGUACGAGUUUCAUGCGGAUGCUCAAAAGGAGAUUGAAGAUGAAGAGUUAUCAAGGAGCAUAAAACAGUUCUUACAUGAAAAGUCGCCACAGAUGGCAGAUCUUGUUAGAUACAAUAGUGUAUUUGACCUGUACAAAGUUGAUUAUCCUGAUCUGGUAACAGCUGGACAUGAUGUACAGGUUCCUAAAAAGAUUAUAUACAGUGAAUACCAAUCAUUUAUGGAUGUAAGAAAUUGUAAAGGAAAAGUAAUCUCUGCUGCAGCAUGGCAUCCAAUGUGGACGGGUGUCGUGGCAUGUGCAUACAUUGAUCAUAUGCAAAAUGAUGGCAUUGAGAAUGAUGUAAUUCUGCAGGAUGUUUUUUCAACUAAUCUUGUACUGAUUUGGAGCUUUAUGGAUGCCCUUAAUCCUAAAUUACUACUGAGAAGUCCACGAAAAGUUCAUGCACUGCAGUUCUCUCCAUAUAAUGAGAACCUGAUGGCUGGUGGUUGUAGCAGUGGUCAGGUUCUGGUAUGGGACCUGUGUGAUAAACUGAAGGUUGAGGAAGACAUUUCACUGUCAGAUGACAAGUUAAAAUAUCGUCAUGCACUGCAUGAUCUAAUGGGCUGGACGAGACCUACUACCAGGAAUAGAUUGGUGAACCCAGCUUUGAUAUCCUCCCUUGAGUUCUCCCACAGUAGCAGCAUAAUGGAUAUCAAAUGGCUGUCUCCAUAUUAUGAGAUAUCACACCUUGGAAGGUACCAAGAACUCAAAUCAAAUCAACCAACAUCAUUGCAGUUCCUCACAUGCUCCGAAGAUGGCUCAGUUUUUGUCUGGGACCUUAAUGCACGAGGGAGCAGAAGACCUCCCAAAAUGAAACCAAAAAGAAGAAGAGAGUAUAAAUUUAUGGUUAGACAGAGAGGUGCUUUGUCAUAUAAACAAAUGGCAGUUCUUAAACCGCAUUACAAGUUUGUUGCUGAAAGUCCUUCCUCCAAAGGAUGCCUGCCUCUUUCAGUGAUUGCAGUUGAAGCGUUUCCAUUAAGGUACAUGCUUCAGACACAAACUGGUUUUAGAAGGAAAUUCAAUAUGACAGAGAGGCUUUUAUACAAACCAGAGUUUCAGCAAGUGAAAAGCCUCCCAAAGAGCAAAGUGUACAUUGGAUCUAUGGAAGGUCACGUGAUACAUGCUACGUGGGAAGGCUAUGAAUUCAACCUUGGAGAGGAAAUGAAUUCAGAGACUCUCAAAUUCAAAUCAUGUGGUGAUCAACAUGAUGGUUCAGUAUCAGCAUUAUGCCUCUCACCAUUUAAUAAAAAAUUGAUUCUUACUGUUGGAGGAAGCGUUUUUGGUAUCUGGAGAGAUGGUAUUAAGAAUGUACCAGUCUUGUGGAGAACAUCUUCUGUCAUGUUGACCAGUGGGGCUUGGUCAUUAUUCCGUCCUAGUAUGUUUUACAUCGCACGUGUAGAUGGUGCCAUUGAAGUUUGGGAUUUUCUUGUACAGAGCAACAAGCCAGUACUGGUCCAGAGCAUCUCGGGAAGUGCAUUAACUGGUAUAUAUCCCAGCAGACUUGGACCAGUGCAGAAUAUUAUAGGUGUCUCUGACAUAACUGGUAACUUCCGGAUUUUCUUUGUGCCUCAGGAACAUAUGAAAAGUGAUCCAAGAAAUAAAGAAGCAGUGACAGAGUUCUUCCAUCGAGAGACAGAAUGCAGACAUUUUGCACAAGAGAGGCAGGACAAAUGGAAGGCAUGUAAUGCUGAUUUGCUACAGGUGAAGAAAAUGGAUAUUCAAGCAGCAAUGAAAAAGAGAGAAGCUGAAAAAAAGGCAAAGGAGAGGCUUGAAAGGGAGAAAAGGAUACAGGAGGAGAAAGAACUACAAAUGGGGAAACUCAAAGAAGAAAAAGACCACAUGAAAGAGGAAAAGGCAAUGAAACGCUGGAAUUUGGAACAAGAGAAGUACCUGACUGAUGUUCUUUUGGAGAAGAAGAAGUUGGAUGAAUCAGCUCUAAUGGACAAGAAAGUUCCACUUGAUAAGUUCCAGGAGGAUGAGAGACAAAAAAGAUUAAAGCAGGAGGAGAGGAUGAAGCAACAGGAUAAAUUGACAGAAAGAAUAUCUUUAAUGUUUCCAGAAAUUAUUAGAGAAACCGUUAAAGCAGAUACAAAUAUGGAAAUGGUGCUCAAAGAAUUAGAGGAAACUGUAAAUAUAUUUGUUGAACAUUACAAAGAGAACGAAGAAAAGGCUUUGAUGUUCAAGACAAACAAUACAUUUGAAUAUCAGGUGAACUGGAAGGAGCUACUUGCAGAAGGUAAAAAUCGACGUCAUGUAAUAGAUGUGGAACUUUAUAGAAACACCGGUAGAAUUGACAGAUACCAUAAAGCAAAACAGGAGCUUAAAGAAAAAUUAGACUCACUCCAAGGAAAAAAAGGAGAAUAUGGGAAACAAGGGCCAUCAAGAAGAGGUGAUUUACAGCUGAAGAAGUUAUCACAUCUUGGGAGAAGAGAGAAGUAGAAUUUGGUGAUUUAGGAAACAAGGAAACACUGGUUAGUCAUUUCUUAAUAGAAGAAUAGUUGAAAGAUAGAAAUAGAUUUGACUUACUAAGUAAUUAAUGCAAUAACAUGAUGUUGCAGAAGUAACAGGUUCUAAUAACACAUGGAAUGAAGAGAGCAUUCUGAUAUUUUGUUACCAGGCAGCAGCCUUCUCUGAAACAUCUGAAAGCAUUAAGUAACUGUGCUCUUUUUUAGAACUUAAAUUAUGUGGAAGACUCUAUUACCCAUUGGAACCUAACUCAUUACAUCCAUUGAAUGACACAAAAUUCAUUCUAGCAGCAGUGGCUAUAUGUAUGUCAAGAAAUGAGUGUAUAUGUAAUAUGUUUAAUUCAAGAUGUUUGUUCAAGUAAACCCAGAAUGUUUGUUCUCCUUCCUCGUGUAACUACAGCCCAUCUUCCUCACAUAACAUGUCUAAUCACCUCCCUCCUGAGCAAUGUUCAAUGUUAUGUAGGCCAUACUAAAGGUCAUGAAAACAUUUACUCUAUUUUAAAGCAAAAGUACAUGUACACAAACAUAUACCAUCUUGAGAUCUUGAGUUACUAGAGUUAUCCCAUCACUGUUCCACGAAACGAGACUGAGGUAUUUCUGCCAGCACUGCAUGAGCUGGCAUAUGUCACUGGGGUAGAAGUAUGUUUCAAUACUUCGCAGCCAUGUACAUUCUCUUUGCCAGUCUACCUUGUCACUUUUGUAAUGCUGGCUCUUCAUGUGAUCUUAAGGUCUCGAACAGAUGGAUAGUCUGAAGGUGCCAAGCCCAGACUGUGGGAAGGAUGUGGGAGCACUUCCCAGCCACGUCACUCUUCUCUAAUGUCAAGUGUACACUAUGAGAGCUUGCAUUAUGAUAUUGAAGAAUGAUGUCUUUUCACUAGAUGCUUGUCUCUAAGUGGACAUUACAAUGAAGAGCAAAUUGCAUUGAUAAUUCCUUUUCUGGGCAUGAAUGAACCAAUAUGCAUGCCUCAGCAUCCCAGGGAACAUUUUUCAUAAGUUUUCCAGGCAAGGGUGUGGUUCUGGCCUCUUCCUCCUUUGGAGAUGCAGCAUGAUGCCAUUCCAUUCUCUCUUGGGUUUUUUUUUGGGGGGGGGUUAAAAUGAAGGAACCACCUUUUGUCUCUAGCCAUGAAGUUCAGUGGGAAGUCAUCAGUCACCCUUAGCAGCAUAUUAUUAUUUAAGUAACUGCAAUGACACAUCCAUGCAUGCCCUUUUGUGCUCCUCUACCAGCAGUCAGGAGAAACCAAUGACAACAUACUCACCAGCAUUCUGAAGUCUUUACCAUUUCCUUCUAAGCUGCAAUACAAUUUGCCUACCCAUCACCCUUCAGUCUUCAUGAUGAGUACAUCAACUUUCUGUUUACCACAUUCCAUGGUGGAAAUUCUUGGAUGACUGCAGCAAGGCAGAUCAGUAAUGUUCCCACUGCCAAGUUAAAAGUGUUCUGCUCAGUGGCACACAUUGUUGGCAUACAGUCAGGAAUCUUCAUACAAAUUUCAAAGACAAUCAAAGAUAUUUGCUGUAGAAUUGCUCUCCAUUUUGUGAAAUUCAGCCACAGCAUGCUGGCAAAAUUUAAAUCAUUUACUGCCAUUUUGUUUCAGUGGGGUACUGAUAAACAUUGGUAUGUGGGCUGUCCCUGUAUAUCACACUGGAGAAAACAGAUGCAGCUAUCAGCCAUAUAAUAAAACAUACAUACAUAAACUGAUGCUUUUAAUUACUUCUGGUAUGUCUUGCAUUGAUUUUUAAUAUCAUUUGUGCAUUCAUAGAUCAGCCAUUGACAUUUCAAAGAGUACAUGUAUGUGUUAUUCCCUGCAAAAUACUUAUACAAUUAUUGAACUAAGAAGUUGAUAGAGUUGGAUUUGAGGUUCUCACUGCGGUGGUUAUGAGGUCUCUUAUCUUCCAGCAUAUAAUGCCAGGUAGUCUGUUGGAAGCCAACCAACCUUUUGGAGGAACAGGUCGCCUCCAAUUUCAUAGUUUAAGGAUAAGCCAAGCAAGAAACCAACAUGGAGCAGAUAAUGAAUGAAUGUAUAAGGGGUGGGCCUUCUCGGCCCUUGCACCACAACCUACAGUGGUCUAUUGUGCUUUGGAGCAGAUAAUGCUGCUUGGCGAUUUUGUUUGUUGCCUUUGACAAUGCUGAACUAAGUAACAAGAUGGUGUCAUAUACAAUGGGUCCGUCAUCAAAACUUUACUCUUCUGAUGCUUUUAUUGCUGUGGAGAGUUGGCCUUGCUGAAAGAUUGAAUAGUGAGAUCUUGUGCUGUACAAAGGACUAUGGAGUGUUACUGGAAGACAAUAAGAACGACUUGAAUGUCACAUGAUUCUCUGUUGAAGCAGUCUUCCAGCUGGAUAAUUUCCAUAACAAGCAAAAUGUCCAAUUUUUGGUCUUAGAGAUUCCAAGGCUUACAGUUGCUAGCUCUCUGCAUCCAGAGUUACAGUAUGGUAUGCAUUAUCAAGCAUCAGAAUAUUUGAUCCCACGUUCAUUGAUGGUACAGUCACUUCUGAUGUGUACCUCGGUCUAGUGAGCAGUGAAUUUGUCUUGUCAGACUUCACAGUAGUAAUGCACAACUGUGCUUUCUUCAUGACAUUUUCAAACAGAGAUGCUUGUUGUAUUACUAUCUUGCAGUAUUUGAGGAAGGGCUUUCAUGGCCAUUAACCUCACCAGACUUAAACCUUUGUGAUUAUUUUCUGUGAUUAUAUUUGAAGGACAGGGUGUUUCAGAAACAUCUGUACUCAGUUCAAAAAUGUGCAAUCAGAGAAUGAAGCCAUUUUUAUAGAAAAUGUAACCAAGAUUCUGAACUUUUUGUUCUUCAUUUGCAAGAAUUUUCAAUUUUGAGGAGCAUCACAUGGAACAUGUGUGUCACAAACAAAUGUUUUCAAAGUUUCACACAAUUUCAUUCAAUAACAAAUAAAUUUUAAAAUGUCAUAUGAUAAAAAUACAUCUGUACAGUUUCUCUGCAGCCAUUACUCAAGUGGUUACAGAUUUAAUGCUGUUCCAUUUUCUUUGAUAAUUUUCAUCCACUCUCCUCAAUACAACUAAACUAUGCUGCACUUUUGAUGAUUAAUUGCCAGUUCCCUAGUGCAGGAGCCUGUGUUCAAUCCCACGUCAUGUCAUGUUGGAUCUGUGAUGGACAAAAUGGCAUGGGGGCAAGUUUUCUCUAAAUACUAUAUUUCCUCUGCCAAAUCUUUUUCCACCAACUGUUCCACAUUCAUUAAACUUCCUUUCACUGCAUAAUCUCUAUAAUGACAAUGUUCUAAAAUAACCAGCUACAUAAAUAAUAACCACAACAAGCAACAAAGAUGCCAGCAACUAUUGGGCUAUAAUUUUAUAUUCACUAAAUAUGGACGAAUUCAUGUCAGUGAAUAUAAAAUCAAGUGUAAUGGGUGCUAAAUUGGAAGGGAGCCUCAAGCUGAAGUUCUGGUUAUCAUACAGUCUGUAUCAAUGUAUAAAUUCAGCAAGUUGGAUGUAUGAAUGAACCAACAAAACAUACAUAUGAGUAUUUUGUAACAAAGUUGUGUAGCCC